UUAAGAUAGCAUUCCAGUCGUUCUGUUUGUCACAACUCUCCUGGUACGCAAAACCAUUAACCUACCAAGGGACCAACUGGUGGCCCAUAACCUGGAAUCUCAUUUAACUGCUGUUUUUUUCUUGAUAAACUAGGACUGUGUGUUACGAUAAGAGUUUUGUUAUGUGAUUUGUAUACUACCACAUUUAUUGAGCUAAACAACAAAAGUUUACUACCUAUCUUAUGUCCUGUCCGCUGUGUCCAAUCGGUUUCAGUAAUGGGAUUGUUUUGUUUUUGUAUCACACUCAUCUCUGAACUUUUUUUUUGUUACUCUUGCUUAUCAACCCAACCUCUCUUCAGAUAACCCAUUUGAUUAGAUUCCUUCUUUUUUACAUCUAAAAACAGAACAGCAGUGCAGCGGAGAAAGGGCUCUGUGGUGGAGAAGUAGUCACCCAAAAACGUCUACACGGAUAAUUACGGCUUGUUGAUAGCAUUACCGAUCAUGGCUUGCUGUAGAGCGCGAACCUGGUAACGGAUGCAAAUUGUGAGCCACGCUUACCUUACUCAGCCGGAGACACGGUUUCUCCCUGUAUUCUGCGCAUUAGAUUACGCUGUAGACACCUUCGCGAAGAUACUAGCAGGCUCGUUUGAAGUCUCGUAAAAGACAUCUCCGAUAUGACACGUCGCCGUUAUCUGGUUUGCUGAUAACACACCGGUACCGGAUGACGUACGUACGUUGUCUGUUAUUGUUGCGAAUGGCUGCAAAAAUCACCCACUUGGAGCUGUUAUUGUUUUAUCUGAUCAACGGCCUGUACGCGGGAAGGCAGUAUAAAACCGAGCCUCUUGGAGAUGUGAAAUCUUUGACUUCAUAGUUCUCGAGUGUGCCUAUACGUUCUAUUUGUCAGGGUCCGGUCAAAAAAAUACCGAGCGUGGAAAGAAAGUGAAACAUUGAAGUCGACAGUAGUGCAUGCGGUUGCUUUGUUUGUAAAAGAACUUUCGAUUUCUGUAACGUUAAACAGUUCGUUGAGGCUUGUUGUGGCACACACUAAUAGUAAUCUCAGCAAGCGAUGGAUCUUCUCUUGUUGUUGUGAUUAUUGUCGACUUUCGUGUCAAUGUUUUCCAAAACGAACCACAACCUUAUUUCUACGGAGUUGGUAGUCGUGUUGCGAAAGAGCCGAAAGAUACGGAUAGAAUCGGAAGCCAUUUACCCGUUGGUUAUAAACAUUUUCUCUGAUGGCUAAGGGAAAGCACAAUCAACUGGCGGGCUACGUGAUGAUCGCACUUUUCGUGAUCGGGAAGGUGCAAGGCGUACCGAACUUGUUGCUUGGAACAGCGGGACUAGAGCAAGUCCCGGAACGGGUCGAUGGAACCCCAAUCGUAUCUAGCAAAGAGGUCGUUGGUACAACCGGCAACGAAGACGACAUCGCCCUAGUAGAUACAACUACGCAAAGCACAAGUACGACGACGACACAUGAUCGUGUUCUGUUUACCGAUACACCUGUCAUGGACGCUAUUACCAUCGUAUGGUACCUGGCCACGUUUAUUGCCCUGAUAUCAUUUUUCCUGGUGAUGGCCUGUGCCGAUCGCAACCGUUGUGGAACCCGCAAACCCGCCACGGAAGAGCUAGCGCCACCGCCAACGCCCGCUCCGUCCUAUCGUCUGUUUGCCCCACCCAGCUACGAUACGCUCGAGUUCGAGAAGGAUAACGACAGCAUCUUCAUUAUUCCAUACGAUAGUCGCAUCGACAGUGAUCAUCAUCAGCAGAAUGCCGAGGGCCUGGCAAACAACCUGGAACACAUCAUCGAACCACCAUCGUUACGGCAACCGUCCAGUCAUUCCAUUCGUAUCAGUGAUAUUAACGACGAAAGUGAUGAUGUUCCAGCAGUUAUUGCAGUGUCGAGUAUUUCGGUACGAAGUAGUGACGCCAAUGAGCGGUACGUCACCACACUCUGAAGGUCGAUUGUACGCGAACCAAUCGUAACGGAAGGUGUUCGAAACUUGCGUGUGUUUCCGCGCUGUGUUCGACGAGUGGACAACCGGCUGAAGUGCUGUGUUGCUUGCGAUUGUUCUUGACCAUUGGCUACGCCAACGCUGACGCAACAGUUUACCGUUUUUUAGCAAUUUAAACACGGAAAAUGUUAAGGUGAUAAGGUAGUUCCAGACAUUUGCGCUUCCGCGUUACUGCGUACGAGGUUCUACACACGUGAUGUGCUGUUGUUUCUGCUCAUGACAAAAUCGAGCCUAACUGUAUAGUGCUUAGAUAGGGAAGGAAUUAAACGAUCGAUAGUUAUUAAUGGCAAGCGUCAGUGAUAAGUUUUUUAUCGUUGAACGUUCUCAGCAUCUGUGGACAUGUAAAUAAUAUUUAUUGUUAAGGUUAGCUUGCUAAACGAUUGAAAUAUAGAAUAUGUAUUUUUCCAACAAUAA